AUGGCAGGUGCUUUGAUUCCAAUAGUCCGAUCGCUGAUUGCAUCUUUGCAGCUGCACUCCGCUAUGAGCUUGGGGACCAACAUACUUACGAAUUUGUCGAGGGCACCAUUCCAUGGCCAAUCGCACCAGAUCUCAAAUCUGUUUAACCCAAACGAUCGCUACUUUUCCUAUUUCGAUCCUAGCUCGGCGUCUUCCGCCCGAGAUGCUCUUCACCAACUGGACGAAUACAUUGAAGCUGAGGGACCGUUUGACGGAGUCUUAGCCUUCUCCCUCGGCGCUUGCCUCGCGGCUAUGCAUAUCAUACGGAAGGUGCGGCUGGAUGCCGGAAAAUCCAAGGCCCCUCCAUUCAAAUGUGCUAUAUUCUUAUCUACAGUGCUAGUGCACGACCCUGUUGCAAUAGAGAGUGGCGAGAUCAAGGCUUUAGAUCCCAAGGAAGCUGGACAGCCGAUUCAACUGCCCACCGUUCACAUCUGGGGCGCAAAGGAUCCACGUAAAGGGGAUGGCGAGCUGCUGAGAGGAUUGUGUGAUCCUCAAACGGCGACAGGCUUCAUUCAUGGGGGUAUGCACGAAGUGCCCGGGCUGGGAACCAAGGUUGCAGUCACUGAAACGGUCAAGGCAAUGCGAAGAGGAAUCUCCAAAGCUUCAAUAACACACUGA